AUGGAAGGCAAAGAGGACCCCCUGACCCAACUUAAAGACUUGGUGGAUCUCAAAGACCAACUUGAGGACAUCCAGAGACGAGUGGAGGAUGAGAUCCAGGCCGGUGUACCUCCUGGGGGGAGUUUUCUCGCCUCUCCUUUCCUAAAGGGAUUCAUGGCUGGGUACAUCAUCGCAAGAUUACGCUCCCCUGCACUGGUGGGAGUUGCUAUUGGAACAUGUACUGGAAUCUAUGCUGCACAAAACUACAAAGUCCCAAAUAUUGAGAGCACCAUCAAGGACUACAUGAGCGGCCUGAAAGGGAAAGAUAUUUUUUGUCACCGUCUCGAAAUUAUGCAGCGAUGUGGAAGCGGCUAA